CUGGAGGAGCCUGAGUGUUGGUUCAAAAUUAACGACAACAACACAAGUGCUCAACCUUCAGUUAAAUUGUAUUUAUGGUGAAGAAGAAGACUACUGGUGUCAGAUAGUCUGGCUAGUUACACUAUCCAUGGCAUUUUCUUUACAAGAUCCGCAUGCAGCUGCCUUGCCUUCUCACAAAUCAUCAACUCUGCAACAUUAUCUACUGCUAAUUGUUUCUCGGUGAUCCACAAAACCAACAACUUCUCCAUAUAUUCCGGACUGGCUGUAGAGAAACAACUGGCAUACGCUGGAUGAACUCGAAGUUCUCAUCAAAAUAGACUAACAGUUGUUCAUAUGCUCAGAUUUGUGUCUUAGGAACUAUACUUGAAUAAUCUUGUACCACAAGAAUCUGGACAGAAGAUACAGGAAUACAUUUUGUGGAACAUGCAUAAAGCCUUUCACAUAUUGAUUAUAAUAUACAGUAUUCAAAGAAAUUAAGUAAUGCUUUGCACAAGUAAAAUUGUGGUGUCUGUAUGCGACUUUUUAUAAAUACUGGGCUAUAUAUUACUGUAUGUAUGCUCUGCAUAGUUAACUUAUCAUGCAUUCUUAACGUAAGGUUCCUCUAGUCAUCACAGAAAUAGAGUAUUACAUUGCAUAUUAUUGGACAAAUAUUUGAAGUUUAGAAAAAAAAAUACUAUAUGUAUUUUGAAAAAGCAUAAGUGGCGGUAUAUUAGAUUAGAUUUUUUAUUUUGACAAAUUACAUGGUUGUACAGAGGAAUAUAAUAGUUGGGUGUACAUGCCAAAAGCCCCUCUGUAUGCUGAGCAUUUCGAGCAAACUAUACAAGUAUACAUAUAUGUAUAGAAUUUUGUGAGAUCAAUUGAUGAGUUUGUUUCCUCUCUUGUUGCUUUAACCCUUAAACUGUCCAAACAGAUCGACGUUCAAAUUCGUAGUGCUCCAAAAGUAGGUCUACGUUUUUUUUUUACAUAUUUUCAUAAAUAACAAAGAAAAUGUAGAUAAAAGUUUUUUACACAUUUUCAAAUGUAAAACAAGAAAGAAGAUCUACAUUUUUUUUACAUACUUUCAAAUGUUGAAAAAAUGUAUAUAUACGUUUGGACCAUUUAAGGGUUAAAUAUGGUUGGUGAAACAGAGGUCCGUCGGUCUGGCCGACGAACCAUCAGACCAGUUGAGUAUUGGAAUUUUGAGAAACCAGAAGAUGUAAUAAGUGACAAGAUUAUUUAUAAGCUGAGUGAUCUAACCAGGUGCUCCAUUUAUGAUGAAAUGUCCACAAAAUACUGCCAUGAAGCGAGCAGUGCACUGUCACAAAGUAGCAAAAAAAAAACUACAGUUAGUAGGAUAAGCAAAUCUGCACACGUUACUAAUAGUCAUGGACGUGUUAGACAUAGAGGUAAAUUGAAAGCUUCUUCCAUCAGUGCCCUUUCAAAAAGUCAGAGCACGAUCCCAAAGAAAACCACCCAUAAAGCAGGUUCGAAUUUGAACGAAAAAGAUAUUCAUCACCCAGUUGUACAGGAGCACAUAUCCUCAAAAAGUGAAAAAGAAAAAAAACAGGUUCAUGAGUUACAAGAGGAAGCAAAUAACAAGAAUUUUUCAUCUGAGAUUUCCACACUUGAGUCAGAUUGGUUACCCUACAACCCAAGAGGACAGAGGGAUAUACCCAGGUUGGAUUUACUUACUCUGAAAAACAGCAGUAUUAAUGGAACUCAGGAUCAGACAACAUUUGAACAACCCAGCUUCCAAAACAUCAUCUCCAGUACAUUCAUCAAUACUCACUCCAUAUCACAUCAAGGGAAACACGCAGCAGUGACAGUGCCUGUGCAGCACAUGAGUGAAAAUAUAAACAGUGGCAUUUUUAAAGUACCAAGGCUUCCAUCUAACACACUGGCUGUGAAAAAUAGCACAAUCAAUCUGCUAAGCAUGGCUUCAAUUCCAGAGGAAUCUUCUUUACUGGAAGCAACUGAAAGUGAAGUUCCAUCACAAGUUUGCCCAUCUAAAGAGAACCCACUGACAAAUACAUUGAACCAAACUAUUUUAAACCCUCCAAGAUCAUCAUCUGUUCAUAGUCAAACACAUUGUAACGCACACAUUGAAAAGGCCAUUCAAGCUGCUUAUAGUGGUCCUCCUUCAAAUACCAGAAAAGAAAUACACAAUCAAGUUCAUUGCAAGAGAGACAUCAAGGAAACUCUAGAAGAUAAUCACAGUGCUAUUGCAGUGACUGCCACACAGGAUCCAUCUAUUAAUAAGACUACAAACAAUAAUGAGAGUGUAUCCCUUAGACGUUCGGGAAGAGUGCGAACAAAGCCUCUGGAGUUCUGGAACUUUGAAAAGAUUACUGUGACAACUUUAGAAAAUGGCAAAACAAGUGUAGUUCAUCAAAAGCAAGAACUUCCUUCAAUAAAUAGAAAGAAACAACAGCCUCAUAAAGACCAGUCCCAUCAUCCAGCUGUAGCGCCUGCCGGACACCCACCUCAGGAAUCCACUAUGGAGAUAUUAGUGUUGAAGAGAAAACUCUUUUCACCAACCAGUAACAGUCUGGAUGAAACUGCCGAUAUCAGUGACAAUCAGCCAUUGAAACGACAAAGAAAUUUAGGGACGACAGAUGAAAGUCCAGACCCGAGACAAUAAAAGUGAUGAAGUUUUCUGACCUCAACUUUGGCACCUCUCUCACAAGAAACUAUAAAUGCCACUUUGCACGGAGCUUUGAAGACAAAAACAGGAACAUCUAUACAGGAUUUGUCUUCCUGGAGCGAGGACAGUUAGUGUGGGAUGUCACAAAGGAAACCAAGCUGUAUGUUAUUGAUGGAUGCGGCACUCUGCAGAGUAUAAAUAAAGCGGCUCAGGGAACAGCUGUUCGUCUACAGACUGCAACUUCCUUGACCAUAACAAGUGGUCCCAAUGAUGCCGGAUUUGUGAUGGAGGACUUGUAUUAUGUGGUCUAACAAGACACCAUGGAUGUACCUGUUGCAAUAAACUUUUUACAAUUAAGGUUCUUGUUGCUCUCGAUAAUUUUCAUAGCCAUCCUCAGUCAUAGCUGUCUCAACCCUAGUGUUAAGGCUGUGCUUUUACUACCAGAUGAUGUCAUUGAUUCAACCACUGGGUUGAGGAGAUACAGAAGCUCAUUGCUGCAGUAGAGGACAACUUCGACACUGGAAUUCUAAAGUUCUGGCUUAAAUUUAACAUUUUCAGAUCCAAUAACUCUUGUAAAAAUUGCUUAGAGUUCUUCAGUCAAUAAAUGCAGGCAGUAGAAGAGUAUACCCUGUGUUGUGAAUAAUUUUGCAGGUUUUUUCCUUUUAGAGAAUCAGGCCCAGGAAAUGAUGAAUCUAGCAAGAACAGUGCCAGGUGGGGGGCACUUUAAAGAUACAGGAGGCCCAUUUGUAUGGCUGUUAGGUUCAUGGCCCUGUAUGGAAAAGAUAAAAUUGCCAACGGGUGGAAGUGUUUUUUUUUAUUAUCGAGUAUGUAUAAAACAUCUGAUAGCGUGCUUACACUAUCGUAUAUUUAAUGCUCGUGCAGCGAGGCAUAAAAAAGAGAUAAAGUAAAAUAAAUACUGAGUGCAUACAAUAGUUCCCUUAAAAUAUGAUGCUGGUUGCUCUUCCCUAACACAAGUGUUGUACAAAAAUGGCAGAAAAAUGGUAAAGGUACGGAACAUAAUGAACAAUAGCUUGAUUGAAAGCCAAAGAAAAUGUGGAACACCGAUAAGAGGUGAUGUAUAUGUGAGGCGUCUCGUGUGCGGCAGGUGACAUACAUGUGAGGCGUCUUGUGUGCGGCAGGUGACUUAUAUGUGAGGCGUCUUGUGUGCGGCAGGUGACUUACAUGUGAGGCGUCUUGUGUGUGGCAGGUGACUUAUAUGUGAUG